GUUCUUUUCCUUUUCCUUUCUCAUUUCCACUUGCUCUUGCUUUCAAUAAUUCAAUUUGUGAAUGGUCCAAGCUUUUGUCACAUACCAAUCAGUCAACUCUGUGAAAUAUAAAAUUGGAUCUCUCGUACUGAGCAUCACGAUAGAUGCCUGAUCAGUUUCGCUCGACUUGACUUUGUUUCAAUUUCAUAAAAUUAUACAUCGAUUUAGGGUUUGAAUCAACCAAAAAGAAGGGAGAAAAUGUCAGGUGUCAGAAGAAUUAAGCUCGGAUCACAGGGGCUUGAGGUUUCAGCUAUCGGACUAGGAUGUAUGGGCAUGUCUCAUGGCUAUGGACCUGCCAAACCUGAAGAAGACAUGAUCAAAGUCAUCCAUCACGCCAUUAACUCCGGCGUGACUCACCUCGACACCUCCGACGUCUACGGACCUCACACUAACGAAAUCCUCGUCGGCAAGGCUUUGAAAGGAGUGAAGAGAGAGGAUGUUCAAUUAGCCACGAAAUUUGGGAUCAAAUUUGGGGAAACAAUCGGUCAAUCAGAAGUCCACGGGGAACCUGAGUACGUGAGGGCUUGUUGUGAAGCUAGCUUGAAGAGGCUUGAUGUUGAUUACAUUGAUCUUUACUAUGUUCAUCGCAUCGAUACAACUGUCCCUAUUGAAAUCACAAUGGGAGAACUAAAGAAACUGGUUGAAGAAGGAAAAAUAAAAUACAUUGGUCUAUCAGAAGCCGGACCUGCAACCAUCAGAAGAGCACACGCUGUUCAUCCAAUAACAGCUGUACAGCUGGAGUGGUCUUUGUGGACUAGAGAUGCAGAAGAAGAAGUCAUUCCUACCUGCAGAGAAUUGGGAAUUGGAAUUGUUCCUUUUGCUCCUUUGGGUUGUGGGUUCUUUGCAACAGGUCCAAAGUUAGUGGACAAUUUGGCAGAUAACGACUUUAGAAAGAUUUUACCAAGGAUCCAAGGAGAGAACUUUGACCACAAUAAGGUCCUAUUUGAGCGAAUUGGUGAAAUGGCACAAAGAAAGGGGUGCACCCUGUCACAGUUGGCACUAUCUUGGGUCCUGCACCAAGGUGAUGAUGUGGGUCCCAUCCCGGGUACAACCAAGAUUGAAAAUUUGAACCAAAACCUUGGAGCCCUUGCAGUUAAACUCACAGCUGAGGAUUUGGCUGAGCUUCAGUCUAUAUCAUUCAAGGGUGCUAGAAUGCCUGACUUUGUUUUGGUUCAUAGUUAUACAAACUCGGAUACUCCACCUUUGUCCUCAUGGAAAUCGGAAUAAGAGGAAGACAAAUAUGUGUCUAAUAAUGUUGUUUGGAGUGUUUUUUGUUGUGAUGGUAUUUUAUGAGUCUGUUUGUGUUUGUAAUCCAAUUGUACUUUGGUUCGAGUCUCAUUAUGUGAGAAUCUGUGAGGUUUUGGGUUCAAGUGUUUUAGUUCAUGACAUCACCUUUUUUUGCUUAGGUGACAUUGUGAACACUUGGUUUCGAGUUUAUUUGAGGAGAAGGUUUGCGUA